UUUUUUUAGAAAGAGGUCAUCUUGUUGGUCCAUUCGUGCGGUAACGGAAGGAGACAAUAAGCGUCUCCGUCGCUUAAAUUGCCGAGAACUUCAUUACCCAUUAUCUGUUACAGUUCUACGCUCUCGCUCCAAACCCCACUUCAGAUUUGGUUUACUGGAAGGAAAGUGCUUGAAGGACCCAAUCUACACGAGAGAUGCAAUGGCAAUAAACACACACAUGUUAGCUUCAAUGUUUUAUUAUUGCUGCCACUGUGAUUAAUGAUGAUUACUAGUUUCCCUCAAACAAUAAUGGAGGCAGCAAAGGUUCUUUCACACUGCAAAACUGCCCCUUUUGGUUUCUCUAUCGUGAGCAACAAAGUAUCUCUGAGACCUUUCGACAAACAUUUUCAUGCUGAUGCACUUGCUAACAGACCCAAGAGCAUUAGUAUUCAAUUGAAUUGUUCCUAUGGAAACCCUUUUUCCUCUGUGCUGAAACCUGCAAGAAAAAGGGCUAAUUUUUUACCUUCUCCCAGAUGCUCAAUUUCCAGUAGUGCCAGCACUGAAUCUCAAAAUCCAGUCCUAGAGUUCUUUAGAAAUGUGCCAUUUGAUUCAAUAAAAGCUACACUUCUGCAGUUGACUCCAAUUGAUGUUGUGAAGUGGUCUGGGAUAUUAUGCAUCAUAGCUGCAGCCACAAAAUGGACUAUGAAUAUGCUUUUCAGUCCCUUCUUUUGGAUGUAUUUUAGCUGGACUUGGUUGUUCUGGCCUUGGAUGGUGGCCAUAGGGCUUGCAGUCUAUGGGUUAUAUUGCUUUCGGAAACAUCUGCACAGUGAGGCAAACAUAUUUGAGCAAUUGGCUAUUGUUACAUCAGUUUUUACGUGGCUCACUCUUGUUCCACCUGGUCAUUUCAAUGGCUACCUUGAAGGCUGGCCUUAUGUUUUCUUUUUUGUGUAUCAUUAUUUCUUUUUCUUCAAUGUUAGUGUUAGAAAGCGGUUAUAUGGAGAUUAUUUUGCUCAGCCCCAUGACCCAAAGUGGGACGUGAACUUGCCAAUGUGGUCUCGCCUAUUGUUCAGCACAGGAGUCAUGGUUGGCCAUUGGCUUGCAGCAUUUGAAGGGCCUGAGCUUCACCUCAUACCGGGUGGGUGGAGCAAUCUUGGAAUCUGGGCUUUAAUCAUUACAACUCUGCUAAUGCAGUAUAAUGCUACAUUGUAUCUCGCUAAGUAUUCAGAAAAUGUGGUGGAGCCAACUUCUGUAGUGCAAUUUGGACCUUAUCGUUGGGUCCGUCAUCCAAUAUAUUCAUCAACAAUGCUUUUGUUUGUAACAUACUGCAUUGCGCUUCGAGCACCUCUGAGUCUGCUAUUUAUUGUGGCAGUAUGCUUGUUGUAUUAUAAGCAGAAGGCAGAGAAGGAAGAGGAUUUGAUGGUUGAGACUUUUGGCCAGAGUUACACAGAAUAUGCAAGCAAAGUUAAGUACAAGCUUAUUCCUUUUAUCUAUUAGUUGAUCUCCAGAAGUUUAGUCGGUCAUCAAAAUCUGAUUGUACUGUCAGGUUUAGGCAAAAGAUAGUGUUAAUUCUCAAAAUCCAAGUGUAUCUCUUUGUUUACUCUUUACUCUGUUAUCUUUAGUGUAGCCUUAAAUUAUGGUAUCAUGUGCACUUGUGGUGAUUAGAUUUUUGAAGAUUUUGGUUUUCAAUGAUGUUUUGUUUCAUAGAACAUGCAAAAUUUGACUAUAUAAAUCUUGUCUAUAUUAA